GCAUCGCCAACCUGCCCAACCAGCGGCACAAGAUCGUGGCCAAGGCUGGCGGCCACUUCACGCUGAUGGUGGUGGGCGAGAGCGGCGUGGGCAAGACGACGCGUGAGUGCAGGCGCGCGAGGCUGGACGGAUGGGCCAGAGGCAAAGAUGUGGGAUAGUGAUAAAGACUCGUGCUGGCGUCAGGCAGAGAGGGGCUGCCACGAUGAGAGAGACGUCGCGUAUGCCGAGCAGCUGCCAGGCAAUCCCUGCUUGCCGCACUCUGAUCGCACUCGCGGCCGCUCACACGCCGCGCCAGUCAUCAACACGCUCUUCUCCACCGAGCUGGCGACGGGCAAGGACCACUCGCGGCGCCAUGCCAAGCAGCUCGACAAGACCGUCGAGGUGGACAUCAUCAAGGCCGAGCUGGAGGAGAAGCAGUUCAAGGUCAAGCUCACCGUCAUCGACACGCCCGGCUUUGGCGACUACGUCAACAACCGCGACUCGUGGACGCCCAUCGUCGACUUCCUCGACGACCAGCACGAGAUGUACAUGCGGCAAGAGCAGCAGCCGGAGCGCAAGGAGAAGACGGACCUGCGCGUCCACGCCUGCCUCUACUUCAUCCGCCCCACCGGCCACACGCUCAAGCCGCUCGACAUUGAGAUCAUGAAGCGUCUCGGCACGCGCGUCAACCUCAUUCCCGUCGUCGCCAAGGCCGACACGCUCAGCCCCAACGACCUGGCCAUCUUCAAGCAGCGCAUCCGCGAGGUGAUCGCGCAGCAGGGCAUUCGCGUUUACACGCCCCCGAUUGAGUCGGACGACGAGGCGUCGGCGGAGCACGCAAAGACGCUCAUGGGCGCCAUGCCCUUCUCCAUCAUUGGCUCGACGCGCGACGUCGUCACCAAGGACGGCCGGACCGUCAAGGGCCGCGACUACAUGUGGGGUGUGGCUGAGGUCGAGAACGAGGAGCACUGCGACUUCAAGAAGCUGCGCUCGCUGCUCAUCCGCACGCACAUGCUCGACCUGAUCAACACGACGGAGGAGACGCACUACGAGGCCUACCGCCAGGCGCAGAUGGAGACGCGCAAGUUCGGCGAGCCCAAGGUGAAGAAGCUCGACAACCCCAAGUUCAAGGAGGAGGAGGAGAUGCUGCGCAAGCGCUUCACGGAGCAGGUCAAGCUCGAGGAGGCCCGCUUCCGGCAGUGGGAGGCACACCUCAUCGCCGAGCGCGACCGCCUCAACCGCGACCUGGAGCAGGCACACAGCAACAUCAAGCAGCUCGAGGCCGAGCUGGACUCUGCCAGCGGCUACCGCUCGAUGAACCAGGCACCGCGCCGCUAAGGGUGCCCUGCUGGGCAGACUUGAUAUCUCGCUCGCCACCGUCAUCGUCUCUCCUCCUGCCAUGCACUGCCGGCGAGGCAGCGAGACUUGGCGUCCGAGUGUCGAGCUCUGCCCGUGCUAGCUCUGGUGCGCUCUCGUCAUUCACGUUCCAUGCCCCUUUUAUGCCCUCUCGAAGCCUGCAACGAUCGUUACUUGACUCUCUCCUGCCUUGUGCUGCUCAGGAUAGCUGCUUGUCCACGUCGACGCUGCCGUUCACGCCGAGGGGCUGUGACGCGAUGCUGCUAAAUGCGGAGCACUUUGUGCCACCUCCGAGGCCCAAACGAGUGGGCUGAACACAGCGCGCUCGGAGCCGCGGCCUGGCUCGCGGCCACAACACGGCGACUCGCCAGGCCGCGCCCCUGUGGGCGCAGAGCAGAGCUCUCAGGGGCACAUCGGCCCCGACGACCCGCUGAGCGAGAGUCUAUCGCCUGAGUGCGCAGCGAUGGCGCCUGCUGCUCAC